UCUCGUUGAGCGUCAGGUUCUGCAAAUCACCCUAGAAUGUCAUUCAACGAGCACCAGAGCAAGCAGCCAUGCGUGCCUCCUCCGUGUCUUCAAAAGACCCAAGAGCAGUGCCUGGCAAAGGCUGAAGAGGUGUGCCUGCCCCCCUGCCAGGACCCCUGCCAAGACCCCUGCCAAGAGAAGUGCCCAGUGCAAGCUCAGGAGGUGUGUCUUCCUCAGUGCCAGGAGUUAAAGCUGGACAACUGCCCACAGCAAGUCCAAGACCAGUGCCCACCUCCGUGUGCAGAGCCAUGCCAGGAGCUAGCUCAGACAAAGUGCGUGGAGGUUUGCCCACAGAAAGUCCAGGAGAAGUGCUCCCCCCCUGGCAAAGGGAAGUAG